AUGAAAUUGAUUUCAGAAGCAAAAACUUUUGAAACUGAAAUUUUUUCAGUGGGUGCCUGGCAUACAUUAGGUAAAAUGCGGCGUCCAAGAACAGCAUUUACCAGCGAGCAAUUGAUUGAACUGGAGAAACAGUUUUUGAAUUUAACCGAAACACAAGUGAAAAUAUGGUUUCAAAAUCGACGAAUGAAAAGCAAACGUUUGGUAACAAAUCUUGCAGCAGCUUCGACUACAACUGCUUAA